AUCUUGCCAACACUGCACCAGCCGAAGGCAUAACAUAAUAAUCCGUGUUUACAACUUCUCACUUCAGUACUUAUUCUGGCAGCACAUGUGCAGCACUAUCAAGGGUGCAGUAGCCUUACUACAGCCCAUGAAUACAUUGAAAUCAAGCAGUACUUUUUGACAACAUAGAAUCCCAUAAAGUUCCUGCACCCAUUUGCAGAUCUCUGAAGAAAUUCUACAGUUUCUGGAUUAUAUUAUUCGCAUGAACUGAAGAAAGAUCGUGGUCAACCUUGGCAGUUUAAACAUAUUUUCAAGUGAACUUGUCGAGAUCUUGUGGUUAGUUUACUGUCUUCCAGUUCGUCACAAGACGUGUUUUAAGUUUUUACACAGAACUUGUGCCUCUUUCUUGGUAUUCCCAGGACAGUUGACAUCCCUGGUGAAGUGUUUGUGGAUUUCCUUUUCCACCGCCCAUCCUUUUUCCAGCAUAACACUUGUUGUCACCUGUUGUUAGAAACUACAUUUAACAGCACUUGAACAAUUGAACAGAACCUUGAGUUCCGAUAGUAGUGGGAGUUUUGAAUCUCUACCAUCUGUCAAGAGAAAUCCAACUCCCUUUCGGCUCACUGGAGUUCUGGAAAUCACUGGAAAUCAGUCAAACCUGUUCUCAAUUUGCUGAGAAUUAAGGUGAACCUCAUCUUUGGCUGAGGUCGUGAGGAGGAAGCUGUAACCUGUGGUCGUCAAACUCAAACGAUAAUGAAACAAACCAUGGGUCACUUUUCACCCCAGUGUGUGUGUCUGUGUUCAUCACCUGUGAGUGCGAGUGCACGGCUUGUUUUAAGUGGACAUCAGGAAACCGACGAGGAGAACACACAACAACAAGAGCAGCAUCCAUUGCCUUCCGCCCACCCUGUUAUGAGACUGGAUGACACCCCUACAGCAGACCUAGCCAAAAGGAGAUUGAGUAGGACAUCAACGACGGCCCCAGACAUGGCCAGUUAUCGGUCCUCCCUGACGGAGACCCAGCAAGAGACUCUAUCCCCACACAAUGAGGAGAGUGUGACCGAACAGACUGAAUCCAUUGUGCGGAAUUAUAUGUACCAGAGGUACCAGACUGAUUUGCAAUCGGAGGACAGUGAGCUGGCCAUAGCCACCCCCAGAAUUCCUGACUUCCAGUGCUUCACGGACAAUCCUCUCAGUCCCACUUCACAAAUCGGCAGACGUCUUGCCCAAAUAGGCGACCAAAUCAACUCACAAUAUGAAUGCGAAUUCCGAGAAAUGAUAACCAACCUACGAAUAACACCCGCCACAGCCUACGAAGCAUUCGCUGGAGUUGCAAGAAGAUUAUUCACGCAAGGCAUCAACUGGGGUCGGAUCGCAGCACUACUCUCCUUCGGCUACCAGUUGGCUAUCAGCAUCAAGGCCGGUAUUGGGGAGUUCUUCAGCAACAUCAUCAGCAGUAUUGUCCGAUUCAUUGCUAGUGAAAGGAUUGCACAGUGGAUUUCAGAGCAGGGAGGAUGGAGAUCGGCCCUCACUUACCAAAUGGAAACAUCAGAGAGCUUUCGUCUGUUUGUCGUCAUCAGUGUGACAGCAGCAGCCACCGCAGGAAUCCUCUAUUGGUUCAGGAAAUAAAUAAACUCUUGUAAAGAGAAAAAAGACUUUGACAUAAAAGUGAAUAAACACGCCGACGUACUUCAAGUGACAUCCAAGGAAAGUGUAGUGCAAUGAUGGACAACUUGCAAGAGGGACACUGUUUGGGUUUAAAGACAUUUGAGAAUGAUUGAGAGGAUUUCCGUUGUCUUCGUGUGAGCCACAAUGAACCGCAAAACUGGAAGGAAUGUACCGACUACUUGACUUAAGAGUGUGGAUCAACCACAGUGCUACAAAAGCAAUGUAUUACGACAGCCAGAUCAGUUCAGAUCCCAUUGGAGAACCAGCUAGAAGUGUCAAAUAUGUGAAAAUGUAAGAAAUGAAAUCGGAGGGCAGUAGUUUUUUAAGGAUUUUUAUAUAGCAGCACGUUUGCACCAAAAUCUUAACAUCGGUCUUUGAUUGCAAACCAAAUAUCCACGGUCCUUUAUAACAAAAGAUUGGCUAUACUUACUUUUUCCUUCUGUCUGUAAAAUAGUUAAGUGACUCCCUACAUAUGUACAGGCUCUAAUGUAUGAAACUUCCUGAUUAUUAUGUUGUGAAAUCUUGAAGAAAAACAAAUCUGAAAUUUACUGUUUGCUUUUAUAUGUGCUCAGGCCUGAUACUCUGUUCUUUUAAGGGGAAUAAACAGCAGGAAGAAUACUUGUCAAUCGAUUAGCGUCUUUACAACAUGCAGCUCCGGGAGUUGAAAACUUUGCCAUUAAUUUUGUGUACACUGCUGGUAAAUGAAGUGGGCAUGCCUCUGUCAUAUUCAGUAAUAAUCUAUUGCAAAUGUUUUUAAUUAACUGACGUUCUCUCGAAACUAAUCGUCAAGUAAAUUUUCAUGCAAUACGAAAAGUUGACAUGUUGUCGGUUUUAAACAAAAAUAUUUAAACAGAAUAGAUUUGCAAUCGCAGAAGAACUUGAAGCUUGACAUUGAAAUGACUUUGAGGGAGGGGG